CAGCUCUGCAGGGGGACGGAAGAUCGCCCUUAUCUUCCCUAUCUCCACCCGUAUGGAUAUCCCGGAUGGCUCUGUGUUGUUCUUCGUUGUCUUCUCCAAUGUUGUGGCGGUGGACGCUGCGCAUUAUCUUCAGCUCACACUCUCCGUACAGUGAAUGAGGGUGUGGCGUAAAAUAUCUGCGCAAUUUGAAUAAGGGUUUUAUCUUUAGAAGGAACAUGGCCAUCUCUCUGCCGUCUGCCCCUCAGACUGUCGCCAGCUUUCAAUUAGAAGCGGCAGGUAGCAAGCUUGCGCCAGAGACAGUGCCAACUACUCUGUCAUGGAGUAGGCGGGUUUCGACAUUCGUGAAGACACACCGUCGGAAUCCAAAUCAUCGAAACCUAAGAAGAAUGCAAUGUUCAGCACAGGUGUACAAGGUGGAGAUUGAGCACGAAGGGCAGAAACACGUGCUGGAUGUACCCGAAGACGAUAGUAUCCUUUCGAUUGCUCUUAAGGCUGGUCUCACAGUUCCAUAUGAUUGUAAUCUCGGAGUGUGCAUGACAUGUCCUGCCAAACUUGUAAAUGGAACCGUCGACCAAGAUCAAGGCAUGUUGAGUGAAGAUGUUAUUGAAAAAGGCUACACACUGAUGUGCGUGGCCUACCCUAGAUCAGACUGCACCAUUCGCGUCAUCCCGGAAGAGGAGCUCUUAUCUUUACAGCUUGCCACUGCAGAUGAUUGAGAUAUACAACGUUGGAUGAUUUCAUUGGAUUUGGUAGCCGACCACGCGCGCUAAGGACGCACGCAAGUUUUAUACCAUUGGCAGGGAGACAAGAGAAACCUAGGGUUUAUUGUUUUUCCUUCACACCCUUGUAGAAGUUGCAACGAGGUUGGAAGCUGAAAGUUGAGGGGCUUGCGAGAAUGUUAGGAUCGGAUCAUGCAGAGUAGACGUCGCGUAAUCCAUUUGUGAUAUUGGAAUUUUGUGAUACAUAUGACGCUGAGAUUGAAUUGAUUUCCCAACUCUUUGAUGGAGAGCUACUUCUGACUCCCAUGAAAGUGAAUAGUUAUCAUAUGAAUUACGAGUAUCAUGGUGUUAA